CUUAACUAAACCGCCAGGCUUAUGUCGGGUUCGUUCUUAUUAGUUAUUUCUCCUCUCCCUUUUCUUUUUGUCUUCUGAACAGAACGUCUCAGAACAGAAAAGUGCGAACGCCGUCGUGGUUCUUCUUCCCGACGUACUUCACCGGCGAGGAUCUCCGACCUUCCUAAAGGAAGGGGCGCAAAUUUCAAUUUUGAUCUAACAAUGUCAGACUCUGGAGGAGAACCCAAAACAUCUCAGCAAGAAGAAGCUUCUCAACCUGAAUCUCAAUCUCAAUCUAAACAAGUUUGCACUUUCUUCAAGAAGCCAUCUAAAGCUAAAAACCUAAGGAAAAGACCUGCGGCUGAUGCAGACGAAGAAGACGCAGAUUCCAAAAGCGAAACCUCUAUAUUGAACAACCUCAAGAAAGCUGCUAAGCCCGACAACAAGCUGUUCUUCUCCUCUGGACCGUCCAAGACCUCUUCCACGACAACGGGUGAAGCUCCCGAAAAAGCCGUCGUCUUUCACUACGAUUCAUCCAAGGAGAUCCAGGUUCAGAACGACAGUAGAGCCACCGCGACUCUUGAGACCGAGACCGACUUCAACCAAGACGCACGAGCCAUCCGCGAGAGAGUUCUCAAGCGAGCUGACGAAGCUUUGAAAGGGAAUAAAAACAAGGCUUCCGAUGAGAAGCUCUAUACCGGAAUUCAUGGAUAUACUGAUCACAAAGCCGGGUUUAGAAGAGAGCAAACCAUCUCCAGCGAGAAAGCUGGAGGCUCACAUGGGCCAUUGAGAGCUUCUGCGCACAUCAGAGUAUCCGCUAGGUUCGAUUACCAACCUGAUAUCUGCAAGGACUACAAAGAAACUGGCUACUGUGGGUAUGGAGACUCGUGUAAGUUUCUGCACGACCGUGGAGAUUACAAACCUGGGUGGCAGAUAGAGAAAGAGUGGGAAGAAGCAGAGAAGAUUAGGAAGAGAAACAAAGCUAUGGGUGUUGAAGACGAAGAUGAUGAUGACGCUGACAGUGAGGAAGACGAAGAUGCGUUGCCCUUUGCUUGCUUCAUAUGCAGAGAGGCUUUCGUUGAUCCAGUUGUGACGAAGUGCAAGCAUUACUUCUGCGAGCAUUGUGCUCUCAAGCAUCACACGAAGAACAAGAAGUGCUUUGUGUGUAACCAACCAACGAUGGGGAUUUUCAAUGCGGCACAUGAGAUCAAGAAGAGAAUGGCUGAAGAACGGAGCAAAGCUCAAGGAUUGUGAAUUUUGUUUGUUCUAUUACAAGCCAAAACUUACUGUCUCAUGUUUGAGGAAUGCCUUUUGUUUGUUGUGUUCAUCGGCCUACAUACUGUUAUGGUCCUUUACAGAUCAGGCGAGGAGUUUCUUACGUUUGAUACUCUUGUUAUCCAGCUUCCUAGUAGUCAUCGUCAGAACUGUAAUAGUCGUUAAACUUAAUAUCCUGAUUCACAUAAGCUCUCUACUC